AAAUAAUGUAUGGAUCAACUCAGAGUAAACCAGAAGAGUUAACAGAGGCCGAAAGGGAUUUAUUACAAGGCAAUAGACCAGGAUAUGGCUCACGGUCAGAGAUUGAAAGCGCCUUUAAUUUAGUCAAUUCAACAGUCGGUUCUGGUAUCAUUGGAUUACCUUUUGCUAUCUAUCUUGCCGGAUUCUGGCCCGCCCUCUUUUUAUCUCUUCUCGUUGCUUUUAUCUCUCAAUUAGGUUUGCACAUGCUUGUGUUAUCAGGAAUGCGUUCAGGAACUUAUAAAUUGGCUACACUUAUGGAGCAUACCAUCGGUCGAGCAGGAUAUCAUUUCUUAAACUUUCUUGUUCUCAUCCAAGCUGCUGGUGCAUGUGUCAGUUAUUAUAUCUUGCUGGGCGAUACUAUCCCUGUCCUUUUACAACUAUAUUUUCCAGAGCAUCCAAAUCUUACACAAAGGCCCCUUAUUAUCUCGCUCAUUGCCAUCUUUCUCGUCUUUCCUUUAAAUCUCUCACGGUCAUUGGGUACACUUGCCAGAUGGUCCAUUGUGUCUGUCUUGUGUUUACCUGUGAUCAUCCUCGCUUUAAUUUGGCGCGCGCCUGCUUACUCCAAAUCACAUGAAGCACCACUCGCCUGGCAUGGUCCCGAUAUCUUUGGAGCGUUGGGCAUUCUAGCAUUUGCAUUUGCAUGUCCCCACGUCUGCUUUAAUGUCUUUCUUAGUUUGAAACAUCAAACGAUGAGAUCAUGGAAUACGACCACGACAUACGCUUCUAUCAUGAGCUGGAUUGUAUCCAUCUCCUUUGCUCUUGUUGGUUAUCUUUGCUUUGGCAAGGAUGUACAGCCUAAUCUGUUCUUGAAUUUUCCCGCGGACGAUCUCAUUGUAAAUAUCGCUAGAUUUCUAUUAGGCUUUAGCAUGAUCCUAACUAUACCCAUGGCAUUUUACCCCACAAGAGAAGCGGUUCAAAAAUUGCUUGGAUUUGAGUCAUCAGAGCGACACCCAACAAAUCUUCAGCAUUACACUGUUACCAUCAUCUUAUUCUUAGUCAUCACCACUUUGGGCAUCACCGUCCGAUCACUCGGCAAACUGUAUGCCUUGAUUGGUGGAUUUGCUGCCACCUUUUUAGCUUAUAUUCUUCCUGCUACUGCAUACCUCAUCACAAGACAACGACCUCCAGUAGUGAAUUCCUUUACUGAAGAAAACUGUAUAAAGACUCCUUUGAUUCCGCAUCAUCAUCAUCGUCCUUCUUCUUCAUCAGCUGUUACCACCACCUUGUUACUUAAUGAUAUACCCAAGUUUGGAUUUUUAGAUGUCGCUGCUAUUUUCCUAAUCAUUUGGGGAGUCGUUGUCAUGUUCUUUGCAACAACGGGUGCUUUCAAAUAAUACCCUUAUACAUGAAUACCCUCUUGUGCUAUAAUUCCUUUUGGUAAGAGUCAUUGUUAUUUUUUUUUUUUUAGAAAUAAAUGUGCCCUGUAAUAAUAUACACAUUGUGCUCAAUUGAAUAAACAAAGCCCA